AGGCUGUGGAACAACGACUGCGUUUAUCUGUUCUGUGCAAGAAACAACGAACAAUGGCUACCAGGAGACUCUGGGGCUCUUUCCUUGUGUUCCUGGCACUGUUUGCUUAUAUUGAUACAGCAAGUAACAUUGUAGACCGGGAGCUGUCUGCAGUAGUGAAUGAGCUUUGGAAGCUGGAUGUCAACCGCUUUAAGGCUGGGACAGACUACAGGAUCUCACUGCAGGGCAGAGCUGGUUUUAUUAGCAGUGGCAGCAGGGUUUCAGUCGACUAUGCUUCAGCUCCUCUGUUCUCCUAUGUGAACGAGAACAAACUGAAGUCCAUCACUACAUAUGCAAGCUUCAUGAAACUGCUGGAUAACUAUGAAAGAUCCACCGGUGUGGCUGAGAGGGUAACUUCUGAGGAGAUUGCAGAGAAUAAUGUUUUCCUAGAUUCUAUCUUGCAGACAGCAGUCAUGAAGAGGGCUCACCAGUAUUUAGUGAGGAAGGGUAAAUCCAGCUCUGACCUGAGGCAGUUCAAGAAUCAGCUGUACUACAUGUGGUUCCGCCUCUACCACAGAGAUAGGAAUGGAGGGCAAGACUCCAGUGGAUUUGAGCAUGUGUUUGUAGGUGAGACAAAGUUUGGGAAUGAAAUCAUGGGCCUCCACAACUGGGUCCAGUUUUACCUCCAGGAAAAGCAGAAUCUUCUUGAUUACAAGGGAUACAAAGCUACAAGAAAUGAUGUGCCGGAUGCAGAUGACCAUGUUGUAAACGUGCAGUUCAGUUGGCAUGGUCUGGUAAAGCCUGUUGGAAGCGCUUUCAUCGGUGUGAGUCCCGAGUUUGAGAUGGCGGUCUUUACUAUCCUGUUUCUGACAUCCACCGAGAAGACCACAGUUGCGCUCGUGAACAUGGACCAGUACCAGCUGGAGAUGAUUGUUCACAGGCAUGGUCGUUCCAUUGGGACCUGCUACCCAAAGCUCCUGAGCAGCAACAAUAGGCACAUUUAGAGCACACAGCAGCUUUUCAGCUUUAAAGUUUUACAUUAAAAGUUUUUCUUUUUUUCUUUCCUUUUUUUCCUUUUUUUUUUUUUAUGGGUGUUUCUGUCUGCUGCUUUUUGUUGAUUGUUUUUAAGUGUAUGUAAAAUAGGGUGAUCAGAUGGUGCAAUGGUCCCUUAUGCUAAUCCAACUCGGCUUAGAUCAGAAGCAGUGCUAUCGGCCAACCAGCCACCACCCAAACAAGGUGUCAUUGUGAAAUUUAGUGUUUUUAAGGUGUCAUUUUUAUUGUGCACUUUCAAGCCUGAAUUUAUUCCUAUCAACACUGGCAUGGCAGAGAGGAAAAUAUUGGUUGAUUGUAAUUAAUUUACUGUCAUUUUUUCUCAGCUUAAACAUUUGACUUAUUUUCUUUUCUAUCCAUUUUAGGCUACUUUAGAAUGUAUUCUUCAUUAUGAAACAGUUAUUAAGUACGAGAUGUCGCAUUUUAAGCAGCUGGCACCAGUACAUGUUGCAUGUAACUGAUAAGGGUGGCAUGGAGUAACAUUUUUGUGUAUAAACGGCUUAUUAUUCCUCUUCACCUUUUCCAGGUUUGGUUUUAUUAAAAUAAAAUGAAGCAGGGCAUGGCAAAGCACUGACAACUGUACUGUUGUAUGGGGAAAAUAUACCUUAACCUUUUACAGAGCUGAAAAAAUCAUUUAUAAGAUUUACAUACAUUUAAUGUCACAUUUUGAUUGUUUAAACAUUUUAAUCAGUAAAAAUAAAAUUGCAACCCAA